CCCAGCAAGGACCAGCCCUACCCCCUUGGAGGAAAUGGCUAAGCCGUCUCAGCAGCAGCAGAUGAAAACUUCCUUCCUCUUCAUCCAGCUGCAACCCUCCCCUGGCCGAACUCCCGCCCAGUCUCCAGCAUUCACAGCCCCAGCCACAACCACAGCCUCAGCAGCUGCCCGGAGGGGAGCCGUGAAGAAACACGGUUCCCUAAAUCCCAGGACAGAGCCCUCAGCAAGCCAAGACCUCUGGCUCAAAGGACGGGUGGUAGAGACUCCCUCGUGGUGGCUGCCAGAAGAGGACUAUGGGACAGACCGGGCAGCUGCAUUCAGCUGCUUUUUGCUGAAGAAGAAGGAGGAAGAGGAGGAAAAAGCCAAAGAUCCAGUCCUAAGGAAGGGUUGCGUGUCUCAUUUCUUGCAACACCAGGCUCUGCCUCCUCAGGAAUGUGGGCAGCCACAGGCAUGGCCGUGCAGCUUUCCUAGUCCAGCUCUUGGGAUGAGCAAUGGGACCGGCAGCCCUUUCACAAACUGUUCUAUCAUUUCGGCUCCCCAAGCCCCGUGGAGCAUGGAUCACCAACUCAGGGCUGCGUUGGGGCCGUCGGUACUACGGGCAGCUGGGCCAGCGCCAGCUACUUGUAGCAGGACUUCAAAGGCAACGCAGCGGAGUGUGGAUGUUGCUAGCAUGUCCCUCACACAUCCAGGGCAGCUUCAGGAGCUUCCAGCUAGAAGUCGAGGCUGCUGUUUGAUGGACCCAAGGAGUGGUAAAAGAGGAGCCAGUACCCCUGUAUUGGCCACAAGAGCGGAGCAAUAUAGAUAUAGCCCCCGAGUGCAGACCAGCAGUGUUUACCGGGCACCACCAGCUGCCCCACGGCUUAAGGCAGAGACAUUUGUUUGGGUUAACAACAGAUCAGCUCAUUCCAAAAGCGUUGCCAAGGCCAAGUAUGAAUUUUUAUUUGGCAGACCAGAAGAGAAAGUCCCGGCAACCAGCGAUCAUGGAGGAAGCACUUUACUCCCACCCAAUGUCACCAAUGAAUUUACAGAAUAUGGGACCAUGGAAGAAAGGGGAGAAGUCCUCAGAGCUUCACUUGAAUUUGAUGCCGAGAGUCAACAGUGCUACGCACAGGGGCGGGAGGGGGGCCAGCUCUUGGUUGGCCCCCAGUUUGGUCUUGACAGCCCGACUGCAGGGGGACUGAAUCAUGAGGGGGGAGCAUCCUCACGUAGACACCUUCAGGAACCAAGCUUGCCACAGCCCGUUGGCUCCCUGGCCCCAGCGCUGAACACUGCAGAAUCUAGCGUGGCUUCAGGGGGACUGCAGGCACCAAAGGUACUAGAAGGAGAUGUGAUUUCUGUUUCGUCGGCCCGGGGAAUGGAAAAAGAGUCGACUGCCACCCGCCGGGAAGCACGAGGAGCCAAGAGACCAGCUACCGCUGGCCAAGAAAAACCACCAGAAAUACCUCUUCCAGCUGAACUAAUAACUGAGGAAAAUUUUUAUUUGAGUAUUGAGAAGGAUUUGACUGCCUUAUUAACUGGGGAAACCCAGCCAGCCUUUUCCCAAAUCACGAAGAAUGGGAAAAAAGAGACUGCCAGAGGGCAGGAGAUGAUCUGCCAGAAGACCUCUGUGGAGCAAUCAGCAGUGGCCCGUAAUGUAGAGGGCACCAUUAGCUUUACAGGGGAAAAAUGGUCUGAUGUGGGAAGGAAGCAUCCGGGAUGUGAUCGAGGUACGGUCUACAGGUCGCCUGUAGAGCAGGGGAGCUCCACAGGCCGCUCUGGCAGGAUCAAACACGUAGGAUUUCAUGGGGUGGAGAUUCUUUGGACGGGGGGAGAGGAGGAAGAAAUGAGACGUUCCUCAGCAGAGGUGGAGGCGUCUGUGGAAAGGACAGCCUUUUCCAAAAGCAAGGAGUUUUCCAAAGUGUCAAGCCAUCCUGUUCUGUCUGUGGCUUUCUCUCCUUCAGUCAGGUUGACGGAGGGUGUUUGGGAUGAACCUUGGAAAGAUUCUUCAGAAAGGCUUGGAACUAGAUCAGGGACAUUUUCUCCAGGAUUGCUUAUAGAAGGUGGAGAGGAUGAAGUAUUUUUGAAGGAAAAUGAACAACAUCCUGAGAAGAAGUCUGUGCCAGAGGGGGAAGUGGAAAGAAUCAUUGAGCAAGAGGAAUCAGCCAGAGAAGAAGAUGAUGUUCUGGGGCCUGGGUAUACAGAGGAUUCAACUGAUGUAUACAGCUCCCAAUUUGAAACCAUUCUGGAUAAUACUUCUUUAUACUAUAGCGCAGAGUCACUGGAGACUUUAUAUUCAGAACCUGAUAGCUAUUUCAGCUUUGAAAUGCCUCUCACACCUAUGAUCCAACAGCGCAUCAAGGAAGGCAGUCAGUUCUUAGAGAGGACUUCAGGGCCGCAGCAAGAUGUCCUCAGUGUCUCUGCUGAUGGUGGGAUAAUGAUGGGCUAUCCUGGAGAGAUCGCCAAUGGUACCAAUGAUGCUGAUGACACCGUCUACAGAAAGGGCACCCCUGGCAUGGCGUUUUGGGGAAGCAGCAAUGCUGGGCUGAAAAAGUCCAAUCAAGAGCCCCAUUGUGAAAUGGGGAGUACUGAAUUUCUGGAAAAAGAAUCCUCUGACAACCUCAGCAAUGGAACAAACAGUAACUUGGAGGCAGCCAGACGGCUGGCCAAGCGUCUUUACCACCUAGACCAUUUCAAGCGUUCAGAUGUGGCCAAGCAUUUGGGGAAGAACAAUGAAUUCAGCAAGCUGGUGGCUGAAGAAUACCUUAAGUUUUUUGAUUUUACAGGAAUGACGCUGGAUCAAUCUCUCAGGUGUUUCUUUAAGGCAUUUUCCCUGAUGGGGGAAACCCAAGAACGAGAGAGAGUUUUAGUCCACUUUUCCAACAGAUACUUUCAUUGUAAUCCAGAUACCAUUUUUUCAUCAGAUGGAGUCCAUUGCCUCACCUGUGCCAUCAUGCUCCUCAACACCGAUCUGCAUGGCCACAAUAUUGGAAAGAAGAUGACCUGUCAGGAGUUUAUUACAAAUCUUCAGGGUGUGAAUGAAGGCAGUGAUUUUCCCAGGGACCUGCUGAAGGCUCUCUACAAUUCAAUCAAGAAUGAGAAACUCGAAUGGGCAGUAGAUGAUGAAGAGAAAAAAAAAUCUUCAGAAGGAACUGACGAGAAAGCUAAUGGAACCCAUCCAAAGACCAUCAGUCGCAUUGGCAGCACCACUAAUCCUUUCCUGGACAUUCCUCAUGACCCGAAUGCUGCUGUUUAUAAAACUGGAUUUCUGGCUCGAAAAAUCCAUGCAGAUAUGGAUGGAAAGAAGACUCCAAGAGGAAAGCGAGGGUGGAAGACCUUUUAUGCUGUGCUGAAGGGAACAGUUCUUUACUUACAGAAGGAUGAGUACAAACCAGAAAAGGCUUUGUCUGAAGAUGACUUGAAGAAUGCAGUGAGUGUGCAUCACGCGCUGGCAUCAAAGGCCACAGACUAUGAGAAGAAACCAAAUGUGCUGAAACUCAAAACAGCCGACUGGAGGGUCUUGCUGUUUCAAGCCCAGAGCGCAGAAGAAAUGGAAGCAUGGAUCAACAUAAUUAACUGUGUGGCAGCUGUGUUUUCAGCACCCCCAUUUCCAGCAGCUAUUGGCUCCCAGAAGAAGUUCAGCCGUCCACUUCUUCCAGCUACAACAACAAAAUUGUCACAGGAUGAACAGCUAAAGUCACACGAAAGCAAGCUCAAGCAGAUUUCCACAGAAUUGGCUGAGCAUCGCUCGUACCCACCUGACAAGAAAGUCAAAGCUAAGGAGAUUGAUGAAUACAAACUGAAAGACCACUACCUGGAGUUUGAGAAAUCUCGCUAUGAGAUGUACGUGAAUCUUCUGAAAGAAGGCGGAAAGAAGCUGUUGGGUGGCAGCGAUAGUGAUGGGAUGGGACUGAAGAAAUCCCACUCAAGCCCAUCCUUGAACCAGGAGGCCUCUCCGGUCAGUGCCAAGGUCAAGCGCAACGUCUCCGAAAGGAAGGACUACAGACCAGAAACACCCAGCAUUAAGCAGAAGGUUACUUAGAAUCCAUUGGAGUACAGGAAGCACUGGUCAUGCAGCAAAAUAUUGUUUUUCAAGAUCUUUCUGAUAAUCUGUGGUUCAUAAAAACAAUACCAACAAAUGAUUCUGUGACUACAUGGUGCAUUAGUAACCCUUUUUCUAUAGCCUAUUUUUGGUGGUUGUUGUUGUUUUCUGUACAUAUUGCCAAGGGUUGCUUUUGCUCCCUACUCCCUUUGCUUUAAGAAUUUGCCAUUGGCCAACUGAUGCACCUUGUUUUGCGAGGGGAAGGGAAACGCUGUUUCCCAAUGAACGAUGCGAUCCUUCCCCUUGGAUUUUCUCCUGUUUGCACACUGCUCUCUUGUUUUAUGUAUUCCUCAAGUCAGCUGUUACACUUUAAGAAAAAAAAAGUAAUCCAUUGUAAAAGACUUAACUGGAUGAGCCUUGUAGCUUAGCUGGAGUUCAUCUCUAAGUCUGGAAUUAGUAGAAGUCUUUGUAAAUGAAACCUUGCACAGUCACAGAAGUGGAACUGACCACUGGUAGAAGUUAGGGGAAGGGCUCUGACACUGGGAAUGCGAAUUUCCCAACAUGAUGCAGCCUCGAGCACAUUUUAGCACUUAGCAAGUUGUGAACCUUGCCCAUAGCAGGGGAGUAGAAUGAGAAGACUGCAGGGAUUGUUAGUCCUAGACAACUCAUGUUAGCUUACUUGAAACACCAAUUCCAUUGAGAAGUAGAGGAAAGCAGAGUGAAGUCAUUUUGCCCAGUGAAGAUUAAGGGAAGAUUCAUUCCAAGUUAAUUUUGUUUGCCCAAGAAGGGCAGGCAUAUUAGCCAUUGAGGAGCUAUGUUCAUAGUUCCAGUUUUCAUCUCCAGGGGAAAGGAACAUAACUCCUGCUGGAUCUGAGAAGGAACUUGGGAUUCUGCACUGUCUGGUUAUAGCCUUUCAUACUGGCAUUGGGUUCUUUCUUAGGGUAUGUAGAUAUUUGGUUAUUUCUUGGCUGUGUGAACAUGGAGGCAGGAGGGAGGUUUCCUUGCCCCCAUGUCCAACAAAGUAUUGUUGCAAAUUACUCUUUAUUUUCUUAGGUUUACACAGAGAAAUGAACAAAACAAGGAAAACAACUUUACAAAAUAGACAGUUCUCAAGGGUCUUGAAUGGUACCCUGUGUUAAUAACCUGAAAAUAUAUAUAUAUAUACACAUAUAGUGAAAUCUAGGUCAGUAGCUGCUGGAAAUCUGGUGGUUGCAUAUGGGCAACCGCUCUUUGCUCAGUUCAUUAUUUUGGUUCCUUUCACAGGAAAGAGAUGACCAGACCACUUAGCUCACUACUACUGUAGCCCCAACACCCCUUUCUCUAUACUUGGGGUGUCAACAAAGGAAAUUCUCCCCUUCUAGAGCACUCAUUGAGGUCUUCUCAUGCAAUUAGUGAGACGUCUUUUGGCCUCCUGAGUCUUCAUGUGGUAAUCACUUUGGCAUUCAGGGGAAGAUAAGCACAAGAAAGGGAGACUUGUAGAGAAAGAAAACAAGAGGGAGACUUUGGCCACCAUCAAGAAGGAAUCUCCCCACCCCUAUUUGAGCAGUAUAGUCACAACAAAUAAAGUUGGUCACCUUGAAUCAUAUGUACUUUGACCAAAGAAUUAAAUGCUAUGCAAGGGUGGCAUCAUUCUAAGAAAUGAGAAAGAAUUAGCUUUAAAAACCAAAACAAUCUCUUUUGAAAACAGAAUUAACCUUUAGAACUUUAUAAAUCUUUAAUCAUAGUGGGCUAUUUAUUAAAAUGUAACUUCUCUCAUAUAUGAAAACAAACUGAAUGUUUAUUUGAUGCCUUGGGGGACAGGAGAGGGGAAGAAUCUCAUAUUUCUGAGGUCAUAGCUUCUCAUGUCACAGGUCAGAUUUUUUUACAAAAGCCCUGUAACUGACCCGUUAAAUGGAUCACUUUUUUUUUUCCUGAAAGGUCCAGAAACUGAGCAAAAAUGAGGUUGGAUUGUAUAGUUGUGUGGCCCAGAGUAUUUUGCUUUUUGUAGCUGCUCUAGAAUCUACAGGCCUCCGUGAGAUAGGAAGAUCCUCCCCACUCCCACCCCCCUGGACAAACACUCUUUCCAUUUGGAUUUCCAGCCUAUUGUCUGCCUCCGUCUUUGUCCUAGAGGUACCUGCAGUAACUGAACUCAUAAACUGCUCUGCUUGUGCUUCAAUGUUUGUAUGCAUUCAAUGUGUAUGUCUUUGUAUAUUGUGUGUUUAUGUGCAUUUUGUGUGCUUACAACAUGAGAUACCCAUUAAAUGGUACCUUGCCUACAGUAUUACUGGUGUUUAGACUAAUCCUAGAAAUAUUUGGCUAGCCUCACAUGAGUAAGGCAUUAUUUCCAUUGCCUUCUUCAUGGAAGUCUUUUUUUACUUCUGGUUAUGCUGAUGAGUUAUUCAUCUGGAUUAGAAGGUUAUACUUUUAUAUUUUAAGCUGCUGUGUACUAUGUUUAUAUAGGUUUGUUUUUAAAAUAGUGAAUAUGAAAAUUGCUGUUGUGACCUAGGGUCACCACUCACCCCUGUAACAAUGCCAGUCCGUCAUUAGGUAUUGGACUAGGAGCUCCUCUCCUCCUUUCCCUUCCAACCCUUGAUUAAUACAUGUCACAUCUGAGUCUAUAGGAAGCAACCUUCACAGAGUUACAAUGAGACUAGCUUAGACCAUCUGAGGAGCUAAGGCAGUGCUUCCCACUCAUGGAAGUCUCUUUCCUUUGACAUCUGGUCAAGGAAGAUGAAACAAGGUUCUAUGCAGACUUCCUUUCUUCCUGCUGCUUACUUCAAGGUACUGAAGAACUCUUUUUUCCUUCUUUUUUUUCCUUUUUCAAUGAGGUACUUCACAAACCCCUCCCUGUGGCUUCUCAACCCCCUACCUCACCUUCCAUGAGCCGAAGGCAUGGCAGAUGGGCCUGAGUUUCUCUGACCUGUGGCAGACCUUUUUAAGUCAAGAUGCCCUUGACUUAAAACCAAUCCAUUGUUGUUUAAAUUAGAGGAAAGUCUUGCUACUAGUGUGUCCCUGUUUUAAUAGUGUCAUUGCUGAAUUUGACCAAUAUUAUGAAUGUUUCACAUAUAAAAAUACAUGAGUUUCUUCAGAGUUGGGGUUACCAUCUAACAUGCAGAGUUCUAGAAGAAUGUUUUAUUGGGAAUUUGGGUGUUUUGAUCCCACCUCACAGAUUUUCUUGGGAUUUUGUGUUUAAGAAAACAACCUCACCUUAGAAGGUUCUAAUUUAGCUUAGCCACCCAGUAUUUCUAUCCAUUUUCUUAUAUCUUAAUGCCAACAGUUUGGGUGCAUCUGGAGUGACAGAAUAAUGCAGGAUAUAUUUUCAUUUUUCUUAUGCCAUUAGGAGUGCUUAUCAAUAGGCUAGUGCCAUUCAAAAGAGCACUGGGCUUCUCAGGCUCUGAAAGUGGUGAAGGUCGGUCAGUGAUUGGUCAGGGGCUUCUGGUACUAUACAGCAUAGAUAAAACUGAUUGACCUGCCCUAUGUGGUGAGUACCGUCCCUGGGCUUUCUAAUCUUUGGACAAUCCAGGAGGCUAAGAACUACUCAGGAAUGACCUGAGGGAAACAACUGUAAAUGGAGAACGUAGCCUCCCCUGAGUGGACGGAGCAAAAGCUGACUUCCUCAGCUGGGGCUUCACUUGGUUGGACCAAUGCAAUGUGGCUCUGUAUUCAGGGAAUGGGAAGAGGUGCUAGGCAGAAGUAGGAGGUCAAUGAGAAAGGGGCCCCUCAUUACUGCUCAGAAGAAAUGAUGCUCGGCCUUUGCUCUGGAAACAGAUACCAAGUUGGUGGUGCCAGUGAAUAAUUCACACAACGCUCACCUGUGACCUCUGACUUUUCCUUUUUGGCUUAGUUGAGAGGUUCAAAGCUGCACCUUGAAAAAAAAUACCUUACUGCCAAGUCUAGGGUUUCAGUUUGCUUGUUUGUUUGUUUGUUUUUUUAAAAUUCCUUUAGCAAUCUUUUUUUUUUUAAUUCACCACUGAAAUCCUCAUUCUACUGGAUAGCCAAGAAUAGGUCUGAAAUGCUGUAGCUUUGUUUCCACUUUGAAAUUGCUGUGGGUUGACUUAGGCCAAUUGCCUGGGACCUUGGCAAAAUACAUACCACUUUUCUUUUAACUUGG